UAGACGGUGCCAACAACGUCGUAUUGUUACAGUUGAAAUAUUCAAGUGAAAAUAAUUUCAAUUCACGAUUCGAAACACAACGUGAACAAUGCUGCGAUUAUCCCGGUUCAUUUUGUGUGCUUUGAUUGUUAUAUCGUUUUUGUACAAAUCCGUGUGCAGUUCCCAUCAAGUAGAAAAUGACGAUCCGAAUUUUGUCUGGAAAAAUAACAAUUCCAAGGAUGUAGCAACAUUAAUCGAUCUAUUCAAUUUAAUUCAUGGAGAUAAUGAUGACUCUGGUCAUAAUUACAUGCAACGCGAAUCCUGGCUUAGAUCUCAAAGAUCAACGAAACAGCAUCCACGCCACAAGCGAUCCAUCAACGAAAUUGAAGAUGGAUCCGAGGAAGCAUACACCGACGAGCUUCUAAAUUCGCCAUUACAUCAGUUAGACUUAGGCAAAAUACAGAAGUACCCUCGCAUCAGAGAGUUUUUUAUUCGUCUUCUAUCUUAUCUUCAAGACAAACGGAAUCUGGAAUUUAAUCCCCGCCUGGGUCGAGCUGUACAUAAUGACGAUUGUGUGGAAAUAGUUCGAUUCCGACCGCCAUAUGCUCCAAGGCUUGGGAAAAGAGGCGUUGACAAUUUUUCGCCACGGCUCGGUAGACACUGUUCGGAAUUUGUCGAUCGAAGGAGGAAAUAAAGCGUACUAGAAUUCAACAUGGAACGAGGACGAGACUAUGGCAAUUGGUUUUAAUUAUUCUACUUGUCCACUUGCCAAUUCAUUUAGUAAAUCUACGACAGUUAAAGAAAAAUAUUGAUUAAAUUAGCGUAAAAUUCAAAAUGAGAGUUUCUAAUAAACUUGACAAAAAAA